CCCACACAAAUUAAAAAACAAAGCAGAACAAAAGAAAUAUAAAUCACAUUUUUAUAAUUAAACAAAUCCCAAGAAUUUUAUAUGUCACAAAAAUAAUACCAGCAACAUAUGAACAUGUCCAAGAAAACAAUAUUCAAAUAAAGAACAAAAUCAAAAAUGAACACCCAACCAAAGGAAUCAUAUAAACCCUUCUCUCUUCCUCCACCUCUCAACCUACUGACCCACCAUGGUCAAGGCCUCAUGAAACAGUGAAGAAAACACCAUAUGAUCAGAAGAGAAGUCCAAAGGCAAUGGCAGAGAGAGAAGCCAAAAGGGUAGGUACAAAAAUGGUGGCAUCUGAGGCAGGGCUUGGUGCUGGAGACUCAGCUGCAGCCACAUUUUGCACUGCUGAAAGUGCCAUCACCAUCAUCACAACAGCAACGAAAAGCUUCAUCUUCAUGGCCUCCAUUGUCAAAGAGUUUUUUGAGCUUUUUGUUGCAGAGAUUAUAAAAAGUAAGAGAGAGAAAGAGAGAGAAUGUGAAGGCAAGAGUGAAGACAGAGACGAAAGGGAAUGAGGAGUGGGUAAGAUAUAUAAUGGUGGUCACAGGUAGGCUGCCCGAAGAGAACGUUGGUUCAACCACAUGAGCCUUUUUUCGGAGAUUUUGCUUUACGUUCAUUUUUUUUAAAG